AUGGACGAGAUCAUAGUGCUACAGACCCUGUACACACUGCUGGUCCAAAACAGGACCAACCGUGUCUCGUUGGUGCGGCUGCAGACAGAGAUCAACGAAAACGCGCUGGUGCACAAGCUAGUGCCGAGCACCGGGAAGCAGGUGCUGUCGGUGCACGACAUCCUGGAAACGAUCAAACGCCUGUUCCCCAAGAAGACGUCGCUCACGGACGGGCAAUUGACAUUCUACAACUUGCAGCUGGGCGAGAUGCGAGAUACACUGUUUACGCUGUACGAAAGGCUCAAACAAGAACUAGUAGAGCGCGUGAAGGAGAGCGAGCCCGCGAUCGACGCGCUGAUAAAGGACAAGACCACGUCGCAGCGCACGCGGCUCCUGGUGCUUUGCAGGGAUACGCUGCUGAACAAGUUCGAGGAGCACCCGCGGUCCAAGAUGUACCUGGAGAGCCCCGGGCACGCCGCGGGCGCGGUGCGCGAGCGGCUGGACCUGGAGCUGAUACGCCAACGCACGCCUGCGAGCAUCCUGGAGCUGCAGGCGUGGCUCCAGGUGUGCGUGGCGAACGCAACAAUGUACCACCGCAGCGGGACGGCGGAGUGGCGCGACGCGCGCGCGAGCCAGGGCGAGCUGGACGAGACCAUCGGGUUUGUGCGGAGCGUCCUGGAGUAG